AGCAUCGCUGUGUUUUAAUCCUACUCAGAUUUAUAUACAUUUCCAAAAGUUGGGCAGAUUAUCUUUAAUUGAAGUGAUCUGUAAUGGCUACAAUAAUGAGCCCAUAUUCAUGGACAGAGGAUUUGGACUCUCCUGCUGGGGAAGGAAAGCCCAGGGCAGGGCUUACAGCUCACGAAUCUUCAGGCAGGAACAAAGCUGAACCACGAAUCCGGAGACCCAUGAAUGCCUUCAUGGUCUGGGCAAAGGACGAGAGAAAAAAGCUAGCAAUCCAAAAUCCUGACCUUCACAAUGCAGAGCUCAGCAAAAUGCUAGGUAAAUCAUGGAAAGCACUGACUCCUUCACAGAAGAGGCCUUUUGUAGAGGAAGCUGAAAGAUUACGAGUCCAGCAUAUGCAGGAUCAUCCCAAUUACAAAUACAGGCCUCGUAGGAAAAAACAGAUCAAACGUCUCUGCAAACGUGUGGAUCCUAGCUUCCUGCUCACCAACUUCCCCCACAAUAAAUCUUCUGUCCACGGUGGAAGAAUGUGCAGGGGACUUCUGAGGGAGGAAGAGGAUAAAGGCUAUCCACGAGCCUCAAGACUUCCUGUAAUCAACAGAUUCAGGGAAACACAGACAACAAACAACAGCUUUGACAACUAUGGGCUACCCACUCCUGAAAUGUCCCCUUUAGAUGUAAUUGAUGCCGAUCACAGCUUCUUUCCAACUCAGUGUACAGAAGAUUCUCCUUCCCAGAUGAAUGGACUAAUGUAUCAUUCAGACUACAGUCAAAGCCCUAUCCAAUGUGGACAUCUCAGUCAGAUUUCAAUUUCCCAGAACAGAUCUAACAUGAUGCACCCUGCAGCCAGCCAUCCACCACCUCCUCCUUAUUAUAACCGGAUCCAGCAGCCGGCUCCACAGUGCAUGAACUCGAGCACAUCAGUUCACCUUUCUCCUCCCCAUGACCACCAUCACCUAGAUAAUCUGGAACAUAUCACCCAAACUGAGCAUUUAGGAGAAGUGGACCGCAAUGAGUUUGAUCAGUAUUUGAACACCUCUAGUCAUCUAAAUCAAGCAGGAAUGGUAAUUAAUUCACAUCUACCUGAUAUUUGUUCACCAGGAGGUACAAAUUCAGAGAGGAGCCUUAUAUCUGUAUUAGCAGAUGCUACUGCAGCUUAUUACAACAGCUACAGUAGCUCCUAGAGCAAACAAAUAGACUUAUAUUUUUCUGAGUGACAACAGUAUUACUUACAAAGACCUUUGGGCAUGGAAAUAUCCUCAGGGUAGUAAAAUAAAAUUGUCAUGCUUUUCAGAAAUGAC